UAUGCAUCGCUUACAGGAGUCCAUCUAGUAGGCAAAUAGUAAAUCUAGUAGUUGGCAACCCUAAUCAAUACAUACAACAAAUCUAAAAUCCAAAUCUCAAAUCAAACGUGAGUUGUACAUACGCCGGUACUUUUGGGAAUCGCGAUCGAAAGUGAAAAGUUCCUCAGUUCUUCAAAACAAUGGCUGACAAGAAAAAGGAAGGUGAACCAGAGGGAGAGGAGGAGUUCUCCGUCGAGAAGGUGCUAGACCGUCGAGUACGAAAUGGAAAGGUUGAAUACUAUUUAAAAUGGAAAGGUUACAAUGACGAGGACAAUACCUGGGAACCAGAAGAGAAUUUGGAUUGCCCAGAUCUCAUAUCAGCCUUUGAGGAAGCAAGAAAGAAGAAGGAAGCUGAAGGUAAAACUGUCAAAGUAGAUAAAGAUGCAAAGAAGCGUAAAUCUGCUGUGCCAACUCCAGACUUAAAAGGUGCAAAGAAGGCUAAGAGUGAUGACAAAAAGGCGUCAGGUUUUGAUCGUGGACUAGAGCCUGAAAAGAUUAUAGGUGCUACUGAUAGCAGUGGAGAGCUGAUGUUCCUCAUGAAGUGGCAGGGCACGGAUGAAGCAGACCUGGUACCAGCAAAGCAGGCUAAUGUAAGGUGCCCUCAAGUGGUGAUCCAAUUCUACGAGGAGAGGCUCACGUGGCACACGCCGGCGCCCGAUGAAGCUGGCGCCGAUGACUAGAAGGAAUAACUACAUGAUUUCUACUUAGGUUGACUGCUUUAUGGAGAAAAGAUUUUAUCUCCGAAAAUAUGAAAUUAUUCUCAACACGAAAGAAUGAAAACAUUUUUGUUAUAUCCACUUUAAAAUAGUUUGAAUCAGACCAUACUAGUUCUCAUAUUGCUAAUUUUUUGUUUUAAUAUUAAUACUUAGUGACAUAGGAUUAAAUGUUAUUGUUGUAGAUACAUAACUCUCUAAUUAUAAAUAAGUAACAGGGAGUCUUCAUAAUGUUUUGUACUUUUCAGGAGAAACAACAAUUAUUAUGUAUUGUUAGAUAAGAUUAUUCCAUUGUGAAGUCAUGAUAUUUUAAAUGAAAAUAUUGUCUUCAUUUUACUUAAUCAAAUUUAAAGUGUAAGAUUAAUCAUAAAAUGACUUAAAUAAUAUCUGUAAAUUUUAAGUUUGUGACUAUGUUAACUGCUAGACAGAUUGUCACUGCUGAUUAUUUAGUAGUUGCGGUAGAGUUCACUAUUACUUCAUAAACAAUUUUUGGCCUUGAUAUUCAUCUAUCACCACAGAUUCACAAGCAUUUAGCUAGGUCAUAAUGCUACGACAAGAACAUACAUAUUGCAAUCACCAUUGUACAAUUAUAGCUACAUUAGUUAUAUUUGUUUUUUGACCAUUUCUUGAUACUAAUACUAAGAGUAUGAAAGUGUGUCAUGAAAUGUCCGGUAAAUAACUCCUAGCAGUAUAAUAUAGUAGCUUGCAAUUCGGGACAUAUUUAGUCUUACUUCCGCUAGCCUACUGAAUUAUUUUAAGCUUGACUUAGACGAAUGUGAUUCAAUGAGAACUAUCGUUUUUUACUCACCAGAUGACGCUAAAGUAGUUCGAGGUUCUGUUUCUUCAAACACUUAUGAUGUGGAUCUUCACUGCUAGUUUAUACCGAAUGGUAAUUCUAUUGCUUAUCAUUUGGUUAAUUUUAAUUUUCUAGUGAAAUGCCUUUGUGCAGUACUAUGCAAUGACAUCUCAUUUCUUAACAGUUUUCCUUUCUCCUCGUUUUUUAGUUUAAAUUUCAAGACUUCAACCUUCCAGGUACAAUACGUGUUGUCAAUAACAAUACGACAUAAUAGACCUCAAACCUCACUAGCGCCUCUGGCGACGAAUUUGUAUACGGUAGUCCUCAUUACUAUUCCACUGUGAUUUUCGUCAUACCGAAAAAUGUUCAUACCACUAAAACAUUAUUUGUGCAUAUUUCUUGUAAAUUUUAUUAUUUUUUAACUAUGGAAAAGUACAAUAAUGUUUUAGCGAAAUGAUAUAUCAUAUGUAACAAAACCCUAUUAGAUAGGUUCAUAUUUGAAUGCAAACACUUAGAAAACAAGUGAAGGUCAAAUUGCCAAUUUGCUCCCCAAAAAAUUCUGGUCAGAUUGGGUUUUGUAACAUAUUCUAACUUUUGGCCAAGUUUUCUGCCAACUUUAUAUUUUUGUUUAGUUUAAGGUAUUCUAAGAUUGGCAAUAUUUUAAGUGCGACUUAGAAAAUAAAGGUCUACAUUAAAAUAAUGUAAGGACAAUCAAA